CUUACAGAACUGCAUUGGUCGCUGCAUCCCUCAUCCGAGUUCUCACAUGGUUCCCGAGCUAGAGAAAGCUCGAGUCCUGGAGUUUCGGGUCCGAAUGGACUGCAAUGGCUGCGUACAGAGGAUCAAGAGGGCAAUGCAUGGUAUUGAUGGUGUAUACAAUGUCAACAUAGAUUUAGCUUCUCAGAAACUGACAGUGGUGGGCACAGCUGAUCCAGAUAAGAUCAUUAAAGCCAUCAAGAAGACGAGAAAGAUCGCUACCAUUUGUUCCCACACUGAAAAUAAUGGCCCGGAGCAGCCACCACCGCCAACAGAAGCAGCACCAAGCAGCGACCCACCUGCGUCAGAUGCUGCCAACCAGCCUCCGGCUGAGCCGGCCAAAGAUGAUGCCCCAUCCCAAGAUAAUGCCGUCGUUCAAGUAGAGAAGCCAUCUCCUGAAGCCAAAGACGCAUUGCCUGUGCAUCUUAAAGACGUCGGCGAGAUCCCCAUGGUGGUGCAUCACUACCCACACGAUUGCAUCCAAAAAGGACAAUGGAACUACUACUAUCCUCAAAGACAUGGCGCCAUCCCGUGCCAUCCGCCUUACUAUGUCAUCCAAAGCUACAACAACUACAGAUCAUCCCCUUAUCCAUCACAAGACAUUCGAUACGCUGCUCUCGGACCCUACGAUGAAGAUGGUUACUGGCAUCACGGCCGUGGUGGAGAUCGGAACCAGAUCACCUCAGUGUUCAGUGAAGAGAAUCCAAGUGCAUGCAGGAUUGUCUAAGGUGGAACCGAUCGUAUCACUAUGUUAGAACGAUCUUCUAAUAAGCACAGUGGUACGAAAAAAAGAAAAAAAAUGUCCAGUAGCUUUAGCCGGAAAGAGAAGAAGAAGAAGAAGAAGACCGAGGGAUCGUAGUAAUUCCUUCCAAUCUUUUAUAGAUGAUGGAAGUUUUUGGAAAGUAGACUUAGUAUAGAGCUGCAUUAAAAUUGUUAUGGGAUUGUUCCCAACUUAAAAAUACGGAGUCAAGGAGAAAAAGAGAAUAAGAUGAUUGACUUUGAGAGAGAGAGAGAGAGUUUUGCCGAUACACCAACGUAACUAUUUCUGUAGCUAUUUUUCUGUCAAAAGAACUUGUUUUU